UUGGAUCUGUCGUUACAAAGAUUCUUGGAGUCUAUCCUUGAAUCUUGCCAUGCAGGUGUGCUUCUUAACUUCAGGUGAGACCGUCACAGUGUUGGAGCCUUCCGAUUUUGACGGCAAAUCGGCGCGCGUUCUGAAGCGACACUUGGCUGCUCCGCUCGGUAUCUCCAGGUUUCGACAAAGACUCUUUGCGGAGGAUGGUGUUGAGAUCCCAGAUGCUGAUCUGUUUACCUCGGAUCCAGUGAAGGUCGGGCUGGUGAUUUUGGGGUAUUGCUUGCCUGAUGCUGAACAGAGUCAAGAGUUGAUCAAUGCAUCCAGAGAAAACGAUUCGGCGGCGCUCGAGAAGCUGCUUCAACGUCCUUUGCAUCCCAAAACCGAAGAUGAACGUGGCAAGACACCAUUGCACUGGGCUGCAUGCAAUGGGCACCUUGAAUCGAUGCUGCUGUUGCUUGAGGCGGGAGCAGAGAAAGACGCACAGGACAAAGGAAACAGGGAGACGCCUUUGCAUGAGGCAGCUCUUGAGGGACAUUUGGAUGCUGUUCGCAUACUGGUUGAAGCUGGCGCUGACAAAGAUCUCACUGAUGGCCUCGGGGGAACAGCGCUGAGCACUGCAGCUGGUUAUGGCUUUCUUGAAACUGUCCGCUUCCUAGUUGAAGCUGGGGCUGACAAGGAUCAUGCCGCCACCGACGGGCUAACACCUUUGUACUUUGCAGUUCAGGAAGAAGAACUUGACAUUGUCCGCUUUCUAGUUGAGGCUGGGGCCAACCCAAACCGGGGCAUUGUUCAUCUGACGGGGGCGUCGACGACCCCGUUGCAUGAAGCAGUUUUCCGGCUCAAUUUUGAAGCUGCCCGCUUGCUGAUUGACGCUGGAGCCGACAAGGAUCAAGCUCAGUGUAGUGGGAGGACACCACUCUGCACGGCAAUCGACCGGGGCAGUUUGGACAUGGUCCGCUUGCUAGUUGAAGCUGGCGCUGACAAACAGCGCGCCACAUAUUGUGGGGUAGCACCGUUGCACAUCGCUGCUCUUGGUGGGCAGCUGGAGAUUGCGCGCUUCCUGAUUGAAGCUGGAGCCAACACAAACCAGGCCUCCGAGAGCGGGGACACACCACUGCAUGUUGCAUCUUUGGCUGGGCAGCUCGAUGUGGCACGCUUGCUGGUUGAAACUGGGGCCGACAAGGAUUGGCCCAUGGUCUACUAUGGGACAACGCCGCUGCACCUGGCUGCUGCUCGUGGCCAUUUGGAAGUUGUCCGCAUGCUGGUUGAAGCGGGGGCGAAGAAGGAUCAGCAAACGAAAGAUGAUGGGUCAACAGCUUUGCACUUUGCAUCUGCGCGUGGCCAUCUUCAUGUUGUGCGCUUCCUGGUUGAGUCUGGAGCAGAUGAUGGCAUCACUACAUGCAGCGGAGCAAGUGCUCUUGAUCUGGCAAAUCAGCUACUUUACCUGGAGACAGGACAAUAUCUUGCCGAGGUCGAGGCCAGGUCACUCCGAAACAAGCGCCGAAGAGUCAGUGAUAGACAGUGACUGCUGGAGCUGAACGAUGGUGGCUGCCCCAUCCUUCUCGACACCGGUGCCGUAGUCCAUUCACUGUGUGGUCACCUUUCCUGCGUGUCA